AUGAGGAUUUUCCGUGAGCAUGCUGUUACCAAAGAAGCCAAACUCCAAGUGGCCAUGGCAGAAAUUCCUCAAUUGUGGAGGAACUUAUCUUUGGAUAAGUAUCGGGCAAGAGGUGGAGAUUCGGAUGGAAGCUCCGGGGAGACUUUGUACGAGAUCAGGAAGAAUAUCAUUAAAGAACGUGAGGGCAGGCUGAGAGCAGAAUUGAAAAGUUUGAAGAAACAUCGCGAUUUGAUAAGAAGCAAAAGAAAGAAACGACAGUUCCCAACCAUUGCUGUUGUUGGAUACACUAAUGCUGGAAAGACGUCCCUUAUUAAAGCGCUCACACUAGAGCAACAGAUGCAACCAAAAAAUGAACUAUUUGCUACCCUUGAUGUAACAUGUCAUCUUGGUGUUCUACCUUCCAACAUCAAAGUUCUCUACAUUGACACGAUAGGUUUCAUUUCAGACAUACCAACCAUGCUAAUUGAGCCUUUCAUUGUUACGUUGGAAGAUGCACUAGAAGCUGACUUGAUUGUGCAUGUAAUCGAUGUGAGUAAUCCAGAUUAUGUGGCCCAAGCAGCCCAUGUUGAUGACACCUUGAAACAACUGAAUGUAGAUCAAAGUCUAGUGAAAAAUAUAAUCGUAGUAGCCAACAAAGUUGACUUACUAACAAAAAAACAGCUGCAAACUCUAGAAGGUAAUGGGAUGUUGCAAAUAUCGUGCGCAAAUAACAGUGGGUUAUCUCAGUUACGGGAUGAAGUGCAACGAAUUCUAUUGAAUGUAACAGAUCGAGUGAAGAUUAGAAUACGUGUAGCGAAUGGCGGACCUGAGUUCUCGUGGCUCUAUAAGGAGUCAUCAGUCGUCGAUGUUGUUAUGGAUGAAAACAACGGCCAAUUCAUCUUUAUGGACGUUAUAGUCACCAAAACAAAUUUGGAGAGGUUCAAGUUCGAAUUCAUUAUGAAAAAGAAACGUGAGCGAUUAAAAAGCUACAAAGACUAA